AACCUCCCUCCUUUUUCCAUCCAUCCGAGCUCUCUCUCUCUCUCUGUCUUCUCUCUACCAUGACCGGCCACCACCAUUGCCACCGGCCGAUCUCCUCUUCCACAGCCCUACAUCCCAAAACCUUGCGCCAUUAGCUCGGCCUCGAUGAGGUGAAUCCAUUUUGCCCCUUUCCCCCUUCUCUCCCCCUUUGAAUCAAGCCAUCACCACCACCAUCCAUGUCGGCCGGAGGUAAGCACUUGCCGCCGCCGUUCCGGCCUCUUCCCUCACUCCCUUUGCCAUACGACUGCCUCCUUGGGUGCGCGUCUCUCGGGAACAUGUUUCCCCGUCAACGUCGUCGUUCCCCGCCAACUAGAGCACCGGCGCCCCUCCUCUCCCUCUUCUCUGUGUUCGGCUGGAAGAAGAAGCAGAAGGAGAGAGGAUACGGGAGGAAGAAGAAGAGAAAAAGAAAAGAAAAGAAUCUCCCUGACAGAGUCUAUUUUAUUCUGGAUGGCAACAUGUGGCAUUUCGAGCAUCGGAUAAUCAGGUUGCCUAUCUCGGAUUUAUUUGCGUUGGAGCAAGAGUCCAUUUGAUGUUCUUGCCGAAGUCAGGAGUUCAAUCACAUAAGUUAAUUCCCUUUUAACUUAAUCUUCAAGUUUAGGUUAUUUAGAUGGUUUAAGUCUAUAGUAAAACAGCAGAGUUAGGUCAUUCUAAAGCUUCUGUUGUAAUAGUUAGCCACAAUCUCGUAAACACCCUAUUACUUUAUGUAAUAAUAUCUCCUUCAAAGCUAUGUCUAAACGUAUGCAAAGACGAUCCAGAUUGUUGAAGCUGUAUCAACUUAUUGAUCCAGGGCUUGAUACAGUUAAACAUGUCGGUUUCCGAAUCA